AUGCCAAGAUCAAAUUCGACCGUUCCAACACUCGACUCUUCGGCCUGCUACGGAAGAGUGCGUCCGCCGCCUGUCGAAAAACGAAAAACGAACCAAGCUCACGAGUCUCGCCGCAAAAACGCCAAGAGCGAAUGCCGGAUGUUCGGCACGACCAGCUGCGACAAUUGCACCGAUCUCGGGUCGGCUCACUCGGCCUUUUUUCCCCCCCACCUCCUUGGCGUUUUGGCCUCCUUGGCGUUUUGGCCUCCUUGGCGAUUUGGCGAGCGGAAACGUGGCCACCUAAAAACCCGUGCGCCG